AGUCACCUCACAAAUUAACAAAGACAAGUUUUCUAAUUUGCAUUUUAGACAAGACAAACAGAGAUAUGUCAUUGGUAAGAGAAUCUUUUCUAUUUUUUUGUCUAAUGAUUAAAAUUACAGUUUCUGCUCCAGCUGGUUUUCCUGAUCAUCCACACAGGGCUUUGAAACAGUCACCUACAUGUUGCAGGGAGCUGUCACGCAUGAAGAUUUUGAGGGACGCAAAGGUACAAUAGAAGCCGGUGAUUUACAGUGGAUGACUGCUGGAAGAGGAGUUGUUCAUUCAGAAAUUCCUGCACCUGAAGGAACUCAAAAGGGUUUACAGUUGUGGGUUAAUCUCUCCUCCCAACACAAAAUGAUACAGCCAAGGUAUCAAGAGAUAUCAAGCAACAACAUAGCAGAGGCUGCAAGAGAUGGGAUAAAAGUGAGAGUUAUAGCAGGGGAAGCAUUAGGAGUAAAAUCAACUAUAUAUACAACAACUCCAACAAUGUAUUUGGAUUUCACUCUAAAACCAGGAUCCCAUCUUCAACAACCAAUUCCUAAAUCAUAUAAUGCAUUUGUAUAUAUUUUAGAAGGUGAAGGUAUUUUUGGCCAAGAUUCAACAACUUCGUCACCUAUAUCUGCACAUAAUUUGCUGCUUUUAAGUGGAUUUGGUGAUGGACUUAUGGCAUGGAAUAAGGGCUCAAAAAUACUAAGGUUUAUAUUAGUAGGUGGAGAACCAUUGGGUGAACCAGUAGCACAAUUGGGACCUUUUGUGAUGAAUACACAAGAAGAAAUUGACCAAACGAUUGAAGAUUUUGAGAAUUAUACUAAUGGUUUUGAGAAAGCUAAGCACUGGAGAUCUGAAGCCAGAAUUGAGCUUGGUUAUUAAUAAUUACUAUUACACACUUCAUUCUUUUAAUUUGUUUGUUGUUAUCUUCUUUUCCUUGUUUUCAUGCAUAUUUUUAGGUACAAACAAAGUUCUUUUGACAUGAGGGGAAACAUAUGGUGUCAUGUUGCCUAUGUUUCCAAAUGAAGAACCCCAUGUUUUUUGUGCUACUAAUAAUUAAUAUGUUCAUUUUUGCUUGUACCCGAUGAACAAUAAUGGUUCAUGUCGUUCUCUAUUUUUUAUUUUAUGGAGAAUAAACUUAAUUAAUCCAUUUGAAUGAGGAAAAAGUGGCUGUA